GUACCAUCACUACUAUACUACUACAUCAUCUCUUUUCUUGAAAAAUAAAUAAAAUUAAACCACUUUGGUCUCUUAGCUUCAUAUGGAUUUUGAAGAUGACCAAACUUCUUCUUCAUCAUCUUCCUCCGAUCAUGAUAUUCUUGAUAAUAAAGAUAAGAAUGUUGACCUUUCUUCAUGUUCCAUGAAUAAUAAUGUACAUUUCAAGAAGAGGGCAGGGAGGAAAAAAUUCAAGGAGACGCGACAUCCGUUUUAUAGAGGAGUUAGGAAGAGGAAUGGAGAGAAAUGGGUGUGUGAAAUACGCGAGCCCAAUAAAAAGUCAAGAAUUUGGCUAGGUACCUUCUCCACUCCUGAAAUAGCAGCUAGGGCGCAUGAUGUUGCUGCCCUAGCCCUUCGGGGAAGUAAAGCCCUCCUUAACUUCCCCGACUCUGCUUGGUCUCUCCCUAAAGCUAAUUCGUCUUCCCCUCGCGACAUCCAAAUUGCGGCUCUUCAAGUUUCCAAAGAAGUAAUUGUGUCCUCUCCCUUGAAACAACCUAUGGCAUAUUUGGAGUUAGAAGAAGAAACAACUUGUUUUCAAAUCCCCAAAAAUGAUCAAGAGAAUUCUUUAAUGGAGUUUAUGGAUGAGGAGGCAAUGUUUAAUAUGCCAGUGUUUAUUGAUAGCAUGGCAGAGGGGAUGCUUCUAACUCCACCAGCUAUGAAAAGAGGUUUCAAUUGGGAUGAUGUUGGGGAAGACAUUGAGUUCACUCUGUGGAAAGAUUGAUUUUGUAUGUCUGUUUGUUUUGAGACAUAACAGAAGUAAUUAAUUAAAAGUGAUUAUAUCUAACAGUUUAAGAUUUUAGAUAAGACGGUCACACAAUCUCAACAACUUGUGCAUGCAAAAUACGAUAUGUUUCAUAACGAAUGAGUAUCAACUGCCUGGCUAUUAAUUUGGCGUUUAUACAUACUACAGUUCUUAUGCUUGUUAUCUGCAGCAAUGUAAAACCUACUGUAUUUCAUCUGUAGUUCUUAAUUUGAAAAGAAACUACAGUAAGGUAUAACUAUAUAUAGGGUUUGAUACAGGAGAAUAGAUAGAAUAUGCCCAAAGUUGCUCAUUAUUGAAACCCCUUUUGCUGUUUUUUUAUUUAUUUAUAAGAUUUCUCAGGUUAGAUAAGAUGUUGUAUUGAAUGAGAUAAAGUACAAAGAGGGGGGAUAUAACCUUUCCUCUAUAUCUGUCUACAUUAUUA